AAGAAGCGUCGUUGCACAUGCAAUGACGGCAGAAUGGGUGGGAACCUGCCUGUGAAUCCCGCAUGGGUGUUCAACUGAGAUGCAGCGGUACCCAUUCUUCUGUUCUAUACUGGAAGCUUGCGGAAAGAACACCCCACAAACGCGAAUAGGGAGGGGGCAGUAUUUCCCCAGUUUAGUGGCUAAUGACUAUCCAGUCCGUUUUUUUGUAUUGGUUUUUAGAGCGAGUUAUGCGUGCGCGCUUAUAGGGUAGGGGAAUCUCCGUGAAAGUCCGCGAGCUUGUCACGCUCUCACAUUUUGACACACGCGUGACAGGAGCAGCGCGAGAGCGAGCGGCUGCCGCGUAUAAUGGCUGCCACGGAAUGUGACAAAAGGCGGCAAGUAAAACGGUGAGAAGGAAGAAAAUAUCAGACAAGGGCAGAGGAUGGUGAGCAGCCAGCCGAAGUACGAGCUGAUCCAGGAGGUGGGGCGUGGCACGUACGGCGUGGUGUACGAGGCGGCCGUUCGGCGCACGGGCGCCCGCGUGGCGGUGAAGAAGAUCCGCUGCCACUCGCCCGAGAACGUGGAGCUGGCCCUGCGCGAGUUCUGGGCCCUCAGCAGCAUCCAGAGCCAGCACCCCAAUGUCAUCCACCUGGAGGAGUGUGUUCUGCAGCGGGACGCCCUGGCACAGAGCAUGAGCCACGGGUCCACCUCCUCGCUCUACCGGGAGCUGGUGGAGACCUCCCUGAAGGGCGAGAUCGCCUUCAACCCGCGCUGCGCGUACUACCUGUGGUUCGUCAUGGACUUCUGCGACGGCGGCGACAUGAACGCCUACCUGCUCUCGCGCAAGCCCAGCCGCCGCACCAACACCAGCUUCAUGCUGCAGCUCAGCAGCGCGCUGGCCUUCCUGCACCGCAACCAGAUCAUCCACCGCGACCUCAAGCCCGACAACAUCCUCAUCUCGCAGGGCCUCUCCCCGGCCGGCGCCCCCGAGCCCACGCUCAAGGUGGCCGACUUCGGCCUGAGCCGCGUCUGCUCCGCCUCGGGCCUCAACCCCGAGGACCCGGCCAGCGUCAACAAGUGCUUCCUGUCCACGGCCUGCGGCACGGACUUCUACAUGGCGCCCGAGGUGUGGGAGGGCCACUACACGGCCAAGGCGGACAUCUUCGCGCUGGGCGUGAUCAUCUGGGCCAUGGUGGAGCGCAUCACCUUCGUGGACGCCGAGACGCACAAGGAGCUGCUGGGGAGCUACGUGCUGCAGGGCUCGGAGAUCGUGCCCCUGGGCGAGGCCCUGCUGGAGAACCCGCGGCUGGAGCUGCUCAUCCCCGCGCGCAAGAAGAGCAUGAACUCCAGCAUGAAGCAGCUGAUCCGCGAGAUGCUGUCGGCCAACCCGCAGGAGAGGCCCGACGCCUUCGAGCUGGAGCUGAGGCUGGUCCGGAUCGCCUGCAGGGAGCUGGACUGGGACACAUGACAGGGAGAGAGACCCGUUAGAGCUACGCGACUACGCAUACACACGCGCACACGCACACGCACACACACGCACACACACACACGCAUACACACACUCACACACGCACAUACACACACACCCACACACGCAUACAUAUGCACACAUGCACUUAUACACACACACGCACACACACCUGCUACUCAUGAAAACUUAAUGAUACGCGCACACUGUAAACUAAGACGACGUAAGAUUUUAUGCUGUCAUCUUACGGAAGCUGCUGCAUCAAGUGUUUCCAGGGAACAUCAACAGCACUACCCCACUGUUCCUACGAGUCCAGACAGACCCUCCCUUUUCACUAAGACUGUUUUAAAAUGAUUUUAAAAUGUUUUAAAAAAGAAUUCUUAUUUCUUGUGUUGCAGUCGACAGACUGACAGGGUGCACUGCUUUGUGAGAUUAUUUGACUCGAUUGUAUUUGUGAGGUCUGUUGAACCCCAAAGCUACAGUCAGUCGCUCAACACUAACGAGUGGCUCGUCAUCAGGAAUCGCAAACCCUCUCCGCCAGCGGGUCUGCGUGCAGCCUCCCAGUUUUUAAUGUGAGUGUCUUUUUUCAGCAGUCUGUCUACACUGUGACCUUCAGCUGCACUAUUUCAGGAAAUCCCUUACUUACUCAUGCAUACCACCAGCAGAUCCCUUUGACUAGCUCUUAGACCCGCCUCGGUUUCAUGGCUGCCUACUCCUAGGCCUUAAGGUGGCAUGCGUUACCUUCCUGUGCUGUGGGACCCCCGAGUUUGGACUGUUUUGGCACCUUAAGUGCCAAAGCUUUGGUAGAACAGCAUUGCGGUCUGCUGUCCUUAAGACGCAAGCCACACUCCCUGGAGUCCCACAGGACAGUGAGCCAAACACCACCUCUCCAAGUGAGGAGGUAAAUGUUCUCUCCUACUCCCAGAAGUGAGGGGGUAGAUAUCCUCUGCAGCCAUUUUCUGGAGGGGGUCACCAAUUCCCAGGGAGACCGCGUAGUGGGGACAUUUUCAACAUCAUAACAAAAUGAAGGUAAUUAAAAUGUGUUCAUUAAAACGUAUCAGAUUUAAUGUGAACAUGUUCUACAAGAAAAGAACUUGGACUUUGGAAUUUGCCUUGGUUUAUUCUUUGGAAUUUAAGUUACGUUUUUUAAUAAGUGCCACAGUUCCAUUUUCCGAGAGGGCGAGGGAGAUCGUUGUUCUCUUGUUCCACAGAUCCCCCUGUUUGUUUGGGUAGCAGUAGUUACUGCCACAGGUUAUGGUGCAGUUGCACUGGUUGAAUUGGGGAUGUUGAAUGCAAAUUCAAUGCAUGGAGGUGCUCCCUUUCCAUCUGUGCCUCAUUUGAAAUGGUGAGUGUUUUUGUAUUUAGUUUGAUCACCACGAUUAAUUGUUUGAAAUUAACGUGAUUUUUGGCCCAGUUUGAUGGCACUGUUUUCACCGUUCUGCUGUGGUGGUUAUUUAGUGACUCAGGCACAGGAAAAAUGACAGGAGGCAAUAUUGUUCCACUUUUCUUUUCUUAUUUUUUUUUUAAACCAGGGAUCCACUCCAUUGAAGUUUCCUGUGCCAGUAUAUCCCUGCUUAUUCACAUUCAGGGCGCUAUGAGGUAUACCCUCCUCAACCUCUCCACCACGCACCUGUCACAGUCCUGCCUGCGUGUGUUAUCAAAGAAACCUUAUACCUGGAGUGUAUUUAUGGCCCAUCAUUUGCAUUUUUUUUAGGGAAAUUUAUUUCAAUGACAAUGACCUGAUCUCUAUGCUGGCAGUCUGUCAGACUCUUUAAUGAAGGUGCUGGUCCUUCACUGUUAAACCAAUAGGGCUGGUCUUAGGACAGAUAAACCAAACUUGUAUUUAUUCAGUGUUUGCCUUUAAGGCAGUGGCCAGUGUUAACCUAUUAGCUGCAAUACAGUAGUAGGGCAGCUUGUGAAACUGUAUUAUUAAGAGGGUAUUCGUUACAAGUCAGUUGUUCAGUCUGAUUUAAAAUUAAUUUCUCAUACCACAUUACUUAAGACCCUUAAUGGACUACUUGAGCCUCGGCUGGAAAGCAUUUUAAACCCAUAUAAUGGGAAGCAGUAUUGCAUUAAAGCACCGGUAAAGUAUCAGUGGGUAUGAGAUAUAAAUCCCUUUCUUUCACGAGCCCUACAGACUUUCACUAAUCUGGAGAAUGUCAUCCGAAUCCUCAAGCCCACCCACAAAUGUUGAACCUUCUGAUGAUAGUGAAGCAUCGAACAUCGUUUAAAAGCGAUUUAUCGACUUGAUUCAUGCACUGUACGAGAUUAAAGAGAUUCUUCACUUCAAAUUCUUCUUUUGCACAAUGUUGUAUAUAUGCUUGUAUAUUGUCCUGGUACAUUCGGGAAAGUCUGAAAUGUAGUUUGGGAUGGAAAGCAGACCAUAGCUAUUUGAAGGUGUGGUCAUUGAAAGUGGUGGGCUUGUCAUCCUGUACUUAGUUCUCGGCCCCCACGUUGCCUGUUAUUGUUUACAACAGAAGUGGAUGUUACAGUUGCUAAUACUGUUUGUUUACCGACGAGAGGUGUACAUCUGUCUGUCUAUUUGAUGAUUUUUCUUUUCUUUUUUUUUACUGAGCUGGUCAGUUAGACCUCGUCAGCCUGCCCAUUGUCAGCACUACUGCACCCAAGUUGUGAUAUUUCAUGAUGCCCAUAAAAAUGUGGUUACAGCAGAAGGGGGUAGUUUCACCUGCAGUUUGCUGAUACUGUGGGGUACAGGCACCGAUUCAUCCCACAAAAACCCCAAUUUAAAGUGCACUUUCUAAAAGGUGCCACCUGUGUGGUGUCUGGAGAUAGAAUUUUACAUUACAUUACACUGGAAUUACUGGCAGUUAUUGUGUUGGUCAUUAAAAAAAAAAAAAAAAAAAAAAAAAGCAUUUUGAUAUGUACAGAAGUCCUUGGAAUGGGUCAUAUGAGUUGAUUGAUAUGACGGAACGUUAUGAACUCUCCAUUCUCCACUCGCCAUGUUUUUAAAACGUGCUGAUACUGAUGAUCUUUGCUAUCCCAGGUGAAAGUCAUACUAAAAUGGCUGCGACUACUGUGGUCCGAAACCAGCACUCGGGUUUUUAAUUAUUUUAUAGUCAUUGUAAGCUAUUUUGAAAAUGGGAAAACAAUGCAAUUUGUCAAAAAAAUAAAUGACUAAUUUAUUGAAAAUGCAAGACUAUAAAUAUUGAGGUUAUGAAACAUUUUGACUGGAUUUGUUUUACUUUGUACUGUGUUCUUAAUUGCCUAUUUCAUAUCCCUACCAAGUUGUCACGUGAGCGUUUGUUUUACCUAAGAUGGCAGGGAAGUUUGCAGAAAAAUAAAAUUGCAUAAGAGAAAUACA